AUGGCUCGUAUUUUAAAUGAUGAUGAUAUAGUUAAUUGCAUAUUUGAUAGUGAUGUAGAAGUUAGUGAUUUACCUUCAGAUAAUGAUAGUUAUGUGGACGAUGAAGAUGAAGGUCCUAAUUUUUUACCUAUUACAACUUCUAAUAUCCUCACUGCAGUUGAUUAUAGUAGUUAUUCGAGUAGUGAAUCAGAAGUUGAAGUACCUAUUGUAUCUAAAGUUAAGAAGAGAAAAUAUACUAGUAAGAAUACAAGUAGUGUAGUGAAUACUAAUAAUUUGCAAAAUGUAUUACUUCCUACUACUUUUGAUCAGCCUUCUGUAAUAUUACCCAUUCAAACUGUUGUGUAUCCAUUUGUUGAGCCUAAAUAG